UCCGCCCCCUCGCUCCCGGAAGUAGAAGACGGCAGCGUUGCCAUGGCGGCGUCUCUGGGGCAGGUGCUGGCUCUGGUGCUGGUGGCCGCUCUGUGGGGAGGCACGCAGCCGCUGCUGAAGCGGGCCUCUUGCGGCCUGCAGCGGAUUCGUGAGCCGACCUGGGCCCGACAGUUGCUGCAGGAGAUGAAGACCCUCUUCUUGAAUACUGAGUACCUGAUGCCCUUUCUCCUCAACCAGUGUGGCUCUCUUCUCUAUUACCUCACCUUGGCAUCGACAGAUCUGACCCUAGCUGUACCCAUCUGUAAUUCUCUGGCCAUCAUCUUCACACUGAUUGUUGGGAAGGCCCUUGGAGAAGAUAUUGGUGGAAAACGAGCAGUCGUUGGCAUGGUGCUCACCAUGACAGGAAUUUCACUCUGCAUCACAAGCUCAGUGAGUAAGACCCAGGGGCAACCGCCUACCCUUUGAGUGGGCCGAACCCAUCUCCAGCUCUGCUGCCUCCUGGAAGCCCCUGGGCCAUGAAGUGCUGGCAGUGAGCAGAUGGACCUAGCACCUCCCCUCUCUGGCCUCAGCUUCCUCCUCUUACGGGGAUAACAGCUACCUCAUGGAUCACAAUAAGAGAACAAGAGUGAAAGGGUUUUGUAACCUUCAAGUGCUGUUCAGCCACUGGGAUUUAGCACAGGAGCCUCGACGCUUCACCCUCAGCAACCUUUCUGCCCCAGCAGCUCUCUUCCUGCUGUCAUCUCAGGCCCCCAGUUCAGCCACCAUUACUGUGGCCUAAUCUGGACUAUCAUGGCAGCCGGUUCCACGGACUGCAGAACCCCAGCUGCAUGGAAAGCCAGCUACAGAUGGAGCCAGAAAGCAAACAGGAGACCUCCAGGGCUCAGAGCGCCUUGGCUGGCAGAGGGGUGGAACUGAGGGGAAGAAGGUGCCUCAGAGUGGCAGAUGCAGAAGAUGAGCUAUGAGCCUUGCCUGCCCCACCCAUGAGGUGGGCAGAAAUCCUCACUGCCAGCCUCUCUUUUUUUUUUUUGAGACGGAGUUUCGCUCUUGUUACCCAGG